AUGGUAUGGAAGGGUAACAACAUAAGGGAAGGCAAAUGUGUAACCCUGCAAGUGGCUGAAGCGGGCAUCCAUCGGCCGCUCAUGUCCGGCAUCCACGGUCUUGACAUUCACGGCGCCUACAGCAUUCUGCUCUCGGACCGUGACGAUGGUGUCAACGACUUGGGCCACGAGUUCACGUACUGUGGCAGCGGCAAAAGUGACUCCACGCACCAAACGCUGACCAGGGAGAACAUGGCGUUGGCGAGGAACUGCGCGGUGCAGCUGAGCAAGAAUGGCGCUGACGCGGGCAAGGACUGGCGGAGCGGACUUCCGGUGCGGGUUGUGCGCGCUUUCAACAAUAAGAAUGACGUCACCGAGCUAGAGCCACACAAGGGAUACAGAUACGAUGGAAUAUACAAGGUAGUGAAGUACUACCCGGAAGUGGGAACAUCUGGCUUCAGAGUGUGGAAGUAUCUGCUGCGGAGGGACGACCCCAGCCCAGCACCCUGGGGGCAAGGCCCCGUUGUAAACACAAAGCGAAUAUUGAAAGCGAGACGGAAGAAGCGUCCGUUGGAGCCGAGUACGAGCUCCCAACCGAACUCAUCGCCCAACUCAUCACGCGCCCCGUCACCGGACUCAUCAUUCACCACGUCGCCCGAGCCGGUCGACAAAAAACAAGAUUUGGAAACUCAAAACACAACAGCGAAAACUCUCGGCCACAAGAUACCUUCUAUGUCCUUGGAGAGUUCAAAACUGAAGAAGGCUCAAAAUUUUAAUAGCUUAAGCUUAACUGAGAGAGAGGCCAUCAAAGCUGACAAAGAAAAUGUUAAGCUGUGGGACGAGUGUCUCGCAAUUUGCGAAAAAAAAGGGAGAAAGAAGUUCGAGGAGUACGUGACCGGACACUUCCUGUGUUCCAACUGCCAGGAGGAAGCGGUCGGCCCCGCCACCACCGCCUGUCUGCACAAUUACUGCCUGAAAUGUCUCAAGGAAGGUUAUAAGUGGAAAGACAACCUGCAUUGCCCGACCUGCCAAGUAGGUCUUAUCAGAGCAACUUUAUCGGAAAAUGAAAAGUUAACGCGGGCGCUACGAACUGUACUGCCCAGAUACCACGCCGCGGAAGACCUGAAGUAGAAUUGCCCUCCAACUAAUGUGGUCACACUAAAGAAUUACUUUCUGGAAUAACAUUUCAGACGUAAAAAGGUUAUCAACUCUAAAAUGGAUCCUGUAGAUGAAGCCACAAUUUGGGAGUUGAACAAAGAAUACAAGAUGUUAUGACGAUACGUCACUCGAACGGUUAGCUCAGUUGGCAGAGCACUCGCACGGAACGCGUGGGUUCGAGUCCCGCAUCGUUCAUAAAAUUUUGUUUUUAAAUUUAAUUUGUCUGUUAAUCCUAGAAAUUUCUUUCGAAUCCAUUGCUGCUGACUUAGUUGAAGAUAAGGUGUUCCAAGCAUUUCGAUGAAAAAGAAAAGUAUAAGAACUACAAGGUGUUCUACUGCAAAUUACGUCGGAAUGCUGUACCAACAAAGGAACUGCAUACUUUUUAAAAAGAUGGAAGUCAGAAUAGUAAUGAUGACUUCAAUGAUCCUCACGAUUUGAAUACGAC